AUGUUGAUCAUUGCUGGAUUGAAGUUUCUCUUGCAGCCAGACGACAUGAUCAAUCCUGGUGAAUCUUCACGGACGACAACGCAAAAGGCCAUGGGAAAUGUUGCCAUCAUGUCAAGUAGAAUGUGCACUUUCUCGGAAGAUGCUCGGACGGUAUAA